CGCUUUCUCUUUCUUUCGUUUCCGGUCUCGAGACAGGCUUGGCUACGGUCCUCUAUUGGUCGAGCUCUUGCACUCCUUCCCUUCCCCUCCAAGCGGGAGCUUGAGACAGGCGGCCAAUCAGUGCGGUGCUGAAGGGUGGCAAUAACAACCGAACCACCGACAACGACGUCAUUUGCAGUUGCUGCUCCUGCGCCUGGCGACUGAGGCCGGAGGGGAGGGGGACGGGCGGAGAAGGAAGCGGCCGCGCUCGGAAAACACUGAAUCGCCAUCAUGGGGGCUGUACUGGGCAUCUGUUCUCUGGCCAGCUGGAUUCCAUGUCUCUGCAGUGGUGCAUCAUGUUUGCUGUGCCGCUGUUGUCCCAACAGCAAGAAUUCUACAGUGACUCGCCUUAUCUACGCCUUCCUACUUCUCCUCAGUACUAUUGUUGCUUGUAUCAUGCUGGCACCAGGAAUGGAAAAGGAGCUGAAAAAGGUGCCUGGAUUUUGCGACAAGUUUGCUGACUGUGAAGCGUUAGUUGGAUAUAGAGCAGUCUACCGAGUCAGUUUUGCCAUGGCAGUGUUCUUUGCCCUCUUCUCACUGCUUAUGAUAAAAGUGAAAUCAAGUAAAGAUCCAAGAGCUUCUGUGCAUAAUGGGUUUUGGUUCUUCAAGAUAGCAGCAAUUAUUGGCAUCAUGGUUGGUGCAUUCUACAUUCCAGAAGGGCCUUUCACAAAAGCCUUCUUUGUCGUUGGUGCUUUUGGCGCCUUCUGCUUCAUUCUCAUCCAGUUGGUGCUGCUGGUAGACUUUGCUCAUUCCUGGAAUGAAUCCUGGGUUGAACGAAUGGAGGAAGGAAAUGCCAGAUGCUGGUAUGCUGCUCUGCUGUCGUGUACUGUCUUGAACUACUCCCUGUCGAUUAUUGCUGUGGUGCUCUUUUAUGUCUUCUACACAAAACCUGACGGCUGCACUGAGAACAAGUUUUUCAUCAGCUUUAAUAUGAUCCUGUGCAUUGCUGCAUCCAUUGCAUCAGUUCUUCCCAAAGUCCAGGAACAUCAGCCCCGAUCUGGCCUUCUCCAGUCAUCUGUCAUUACCCUCUACACCAUGUAUCUCACUUGGUCAGCCAUGUCUAAUGAGCCUGAUCGUACCUGCAACCCAAGUCUCCUGAAUAUCAUCAACCAAAUAGCUGUGCCGACUAUUGCCCCAGCGAAUACAACUGCUGCACUUAUUCUGCCUACUACUCCUGCGCCGCAAAAAUCCCCACAGUGGUGGGAUGCACAGAGCAUCGUUGGGCUCCUGAUAUUUGUACUUUGUCUCUUGUAUUCCAGUAUCCGGUCCUCUAACAACAGCCAAGUGAACAAGCUGACCCUGUCUGGAAGUGACAGUGUCAUUCUGGAUGAUGCUCCAGCUGCUGCUGGUGAUGUAGAAGAUGGAGAAUCCCAGCGGGUGUUGGACAAUGAAAAAGAUGGUGUCCAGUACAGCUAUGCCUUCUUCCACUUCAUGCUGUUUCUUGCCUCCCUAUAUAUCAUGAUGACGCUUACCAACUGGUACAGUCCUGAUGUGGAAUCAAAAACUCUGACAAGCAAGUGGCCAGCUGUCUGGGCAAAGAUCUCCUCCAGUUGGGUCUGCCUCCUUCUUUAUGUCUGGACCUUUGUGGCACCUAUUGUCCUUACCAAUCGGGACUUCAAUUAAACAACUUCCUGGAAAGGAUGGAAACAUGAAGUUCUCUCUGCUGAAAGCCAAAUGUUCUGUAUUGCUUCUUGGAGCUAGGCUCCAGUCAUCUUUCCUGCAACAUACUGGUGGCUAGAAAGUUGCUAACUCGCAUAAUGCUUGAUGCACAAUCUAAGCCGUGUACAUUUUGAUGUGUUUAAGUCAAAGCUAACUUUAAUAUUAAUCUUACAGCUGUGCUGUUGAAAGUUGUUUUGGGAAAUGCCUGUAGUGUCACAUCAGACACUAUUGGAGAAAAGCUUGCUUGAUCUGAAAGUAAUAUAUUUUAAAAACUCUUAUUCUUCAGUGUAUGGAGGUGAAAGCCAUACUGCAAGUGUCUACAUUCCAGUUCAGGAAAAUGUGUCCAAUUGAUCAUCUUUUUAAAUGGGCAAUCUGUUGCUCUUAGUAGGGAACAGCAUGUUAAUGUGGUGGUGUGGCAUGCUAAAAUCAAGUUUUAGAUCAUUGUAGAAAGUUUUUAGAUCAUUGUAGAAGAAAGAUAGAAACAUGGGGUCUGCUAGAUGUUAAGUGUGUUGCUGGUUAAUUUCAAAAGAUGUUGUUCAAAAAGCUUUAACCAUUAUAUUAACAAAGAAUUUGCUCAAGUGCUGUUUUUCUAAUAUGGACAAUGCUUGUAAAAGCCUGUGCAUUGUUAAUCUUGACAUUUAAUAUUUGCACUAUAAACAUGGUUGAUUUAA